AUGACAAGCGAACAAGCACUACUAAGCGAAAGAACGCCCUUGCUGGAUUGCAUAUAUCCAUUAGGCGUAGUCUUAUUACUGUGCCCUGCAUUCGCAGGUGUAAGCAUAGGCAUGGGCAAAGCAUCUCAUGGAAUUUGUCAAUCUGCAGCAGUUAAAAAUGACAUAGUUCUAACUGUCAUUCCAGCAGCAUUCAUUGGAGUGUCCAUUCUGUACGCAGUUCUGUUGUUCUUUAUAACUCCACCCACAGGAGACGCAAAUACGUUCACUAUGCCACUAAAAUGGUUAGCAGGGUAUAUUGUAACAGGAAUGGGGAUGUUCUGGGGUUCAGUUGGUCUGGGAGAUAUAUCUGCAGUGGCAACCAUAACAGCAGCACAACAGAAGAGGUUUAAGACGUCAUUCUUUUUGUUGUUAGUAUUUGGGGAAUUUAUUGGACUAUUUGGGAUGAUAGUUGGGUUUAUGCUGGGACUAAGUAAUAGGCAAUGGUCAUGA